GGUAUCCAUCUCAAACUGUAGCGUGUAAACCUACAGUACAAGAGAUCACGUGAGGCAUAAAGUAGCCUAGCGGACCGUGAGAGAGUGGGCUUUGAGUACAGCAGCGCAUUACGCAGUGCCAGCCAUGAACCCAGUGCAAUGAAACUCGCUUUUCGCGGCGCGAAUCAUACCUGUCCCAACAUCUCCGCUGACCACACAGCAGUUUGGAACAUGACGUGACAAAAGAUUACAAAGAGCCGAUGGGGAUUUACAGCGGCCGCCAAUUGGGACGCUCGCAUUCACCGUCGUGUGUCAGCGGACGCCGCGGGACGCCUGAUCGAUCGCUGAUGUCUCAGCCCCGCGCGCUCUCUUCCGUCUAACUCAAUAUCUACCCAGUCUCCGGAGAAGGAGGAGGAGGAGGAGGAGGCACUGUUUCUGGCAGGAGUACAAAGCCGGGGCCCCCAGCAUGUGGCCCCCAGAUCUCGGCCCCUCCAACGCCCAGCUCACCCUUCCCGGCUUCGGCGGCGGCGUGUUCGAGGAGCCCGAGGACUUCUUCCUGCCUCCGCUGUCCCCGGGGGGCCCGUGCCACCCCACGCCGCCCCCCCACCUGGGGGCCCUGGGGGCCCUCUGCCUCCCCCGGCCCUCCCGGUCCCUCGACCCCCUGGGGCCGGACUUCACCUCCUUCUUCUGCUCCUCCUACAAGGCCAACCCCUCCCCCGCCCGGGCCGACCCGGACGCCGGCCCCGGGGCGCCGGCGGAGCCCAAACACGGCCCCCGGAGGCACGAGGGCUACACCUGGCCCCCCGCAGCCACUUCCUGUCUGCUGGGCUCCUCCCCCUCCCCCCCCGGUGGCCCCGCCCAGUGUUUCUCCUCGCCCCCCUCCCACCCGGCCCUGAUGUCGCCGCUCCGCGGGUUCCCGGCUGCGGGCCGCGGGAUGGCCCUCGCCGAGGACCCCCGCCAGCGCCAGGGCCCCCGGGACGACUUCCCCCCGCCCCCCAUCAAGCAGGAGCCGGCGGACCACCCCGCGCCCUGCAAGGCGGAGCGCUUCCCCCCCGCCUGCCAGCAGAGGGGCGGGCCCUUCUACCAGAGCCAGCGGGCCCCGCCCGAGCCGGGCCUCGACCCGGGGGACCCCCCCGACGGCGGCCGCUCCCCGCGGCGCUCCGGCGACGCCCCCGGGAGCCACGGGGCGGCGGCGGAGGAGCCGGAGGGCCAGCUCUGCCGCUGGGCGGAGUGCAGCGCCGCCUACGACCACCAGGAGGAGCUGGUCCGGCACAUCGAGAAGGCGCACAUCGACCAGCGCAAGGGGGAGGAGUUCACGUGCUUCUGGGCGGGUUGCGUGCGGCGCCACAAGCCGUUCAACGCCCGCUACAAGCUGCUCAUCCACAUGAGGGUGCAUUCGGGGGAGAAGCCGAAUAAAUGUAUGUUCGAGGGCUGCUCCAAGGCCUUCUCGCGGCUGGAGAACCUGAAGAUCCACCUGCGCAGCCACACGGGGGAGAAGCCUUACGUGUGCCAGCACCCCGGCUGCCUGAAGGCCUUCAGCAACUCCAGCGACCGCGCCAAGCACCAGCGCACGCACCUCGACACGAAGCCGUAUGCCUGCCAGGUCCCCGGAUGCACCAAGCGCUACACGGACCCCAGCUCCCUGCGCAAGCACGUCAAGUCCCACGCGGCCCGGGGCCACCCGGAGAGAGAGGCCCCGCUGCCCUCCAUGUUAGAGUCGGACAUGCUGAGCUACUGCCUCGCCCGGCAGCACCUCCACGUCGCCAGCGGCGGUGGCGGCGUCGCCGUCGGCAACCAGCAGAACCCUGCGGCCGGGAUGAAGGGCGGCCCCGAGCCCGGGCCCGGAACGGACGGCUUCGCAGGUCAGGUCGGACGCCGUCGACAGCGUACUGAGAAUGAUAAUAAGGAUGAGGAUGAUGAGGAUGAUGAGGAUGAUGAGGAUGCAAAGCUUUGUUUAUUCGGCAUCUUGCACGCGUGA